AAAACUUGUGACCAGAACUGAGAACAACUGUUCUUAGUUUCAUCUACACCUCUGGGGAAAAAAAUUAAGAGACUACUUUAGUUUCUAAAUCAGUUUAUUUUUUAAAUUGGUUUAUUUUUUCUGGCCUGGACAAUACCUCUCAUCUGUGAUAGAAUGGUUUUUAGAAUUUCAAAAUUGCAAUAAGAAGCUUAAAAAUUAAUGUUUGUCUUAGAUUGCCCUUAUUUGUAUAUAGAUGUGCUGAGAGUAAGAGACUCACUCAAACUGUGGCAGUGACAGUUUUACACCUGGUCAUGUAUAUUGUGUAUCCAGAUAAGAUCUAAAUGAGGUGGUCAAAGAUGGCGGGCCUAAACGAGAAGGCAAUUCAGCAGCACUUAAACUUCUCAAGCUGCGGGGAGGAGGACAGCAGUGACAGCAGCGUGGAAGACUGGGCACUAAUAAGUGUACCACUAAGAAGCCCCUCCUCAACCUGUAGGACCCCCAGAGUGCAGCGCCAUCAUGCCAGGGGUGUCUCCCCAUCUGCACCCACCUCACCCAUACCUUACUCUGCCUGGAGAAAACUAAGACUCUGUGACUCUCCCAGUACUCCUAAGAGUCUGCUGUCCAAGUCGGCACUGUCCUACUCCAGCACCAAACCUUGUCGCAGCCAGAGGCUACUGUGCCUUUCCAGUACCUCUGACCGAGUACCUGGUGUAAACGUCAACCCUUUUACUCCAGACACAGUGAGGAGAAAUGGUGAACACUGCAAAAGGAAGAGCCGUAGGAGUGAUUGUGAUGACGAGGAUGACGGACACAGGUCUAAGGAGGCCCACACAUCAUCUGAGGACGAAAGCUAUUUCCUCCCAUCAAAGAGGCCAGCAGUGCCAGCACUCAUGCUGUCACGCUUUGAGAGCGAGUUCCUGGAGCUGGGCCGGAUCGGCGUGGGCGAGUUUGGUGCCGUUUAUCGCUGUGUGAAGAGGCUGGAUGGCUGCAUGUAUGCCAUCAAGCGCUUGCGCAGGCCUCUCGCAGGCUCAUCCAAUGAGCAGCUGGCCUUAAAGGAGGUGUAUGCCCAUGCUGUACUGGGACAUCACCCGCAUGUUGUACGUUAUUACUCUGCCUGGGCUGAAGAUGACCACAUGAUCAUUCAGAAUGAAUACUGCGAUGGUGGGAGCCUCCUUGAUGUUAUCACUGAGAAAGAAGAGCAGGGAGAGUUCUUUCGGGAGCCAGAAUUAAGGGAUCUGCUGCUUCAGGUCUCAAUGGGGCUUAAAUACAUUCACACCUCGGGCCUGGUGCACCUAGACAUCAAACCCAGCAACAUUUUCAUCUGCUAUCGGCCCAGCUGUAGUACUGGAGCAGUGGGAGACAGUGAAGAGGAAGAUGAUUCGUACCCUUCAUCCCCUUCAUCUGGGGUUGUUUAUAAAAUUGGAGACCUGGGACAUGUGACCUCUGUUUCUAGCCCUCAGGUGGAGGAGGGUGACAGUCGCUUCUUGGCUGGUGAAGUUCUACAUGAGGACUAUACUCAGCUACCCAAGGCAGACAUCUUUGCCCUGGGACUGACUGUGUUGUUGGCAGCUGGAGCGCCACCUCUGCCUCAGAAUGGAGAUGAGUGGCACCAUCUCAGACAGGCUCACUUACCCAGCCUGCCCCAGGAGUUGAUGCCACACUUGAGAAAUCUUUUACAGAUGAUGCUGGACCCUGAUCCUGCUGUGAGGCCGUCUGCGUCUGCAUUGUGCAAGCACCCGGUGCUGCGCAGAGAGAGGGCUGGAAAACUGGCUGCACAGCUGCGCAGAGAGCUCAACGUGGAGAAGUUCAGGACAGCCAUGCUAGAAAGGGAACUUCAGGAGGCUCGUUUAGCUGCAACCUCACCUCAGCCUCCACCUCUUCCCUCUGGACAGAUCCCCUCAGGACAGCCCUCCUCCACCUCCUCAAACUUCUCUGCAGGGUCUCUUCCUAAGCCAGGACGUAGGCUGGUGGGCAGAAGUGUUGCUCGUUCUAUGAGUUUUGGCUGCCUGGGCCGCUGACCUUUUUGUUUCCUGGUUUAUGUGCAAUGCUGGUCUGACAGCGUUUUUAUUUUUAGAUGUUUUUCACCAUGCUGUGUGUCUGUGAACCUGAACUGUCCCAGACUGAUUUUUCAUUUCAGUGAAAAGUUUAUGCUUUUUAUUGACAUGGUUGGCUUAUUUUAUCCUUGUAAAUAAAGAUUUUAAACGUU